UUGGUGUGAAUUUGUCCAGUGUGUGAGUUUUGCCCAUUGUGCUGUGUGUGAGUUGGUGUGGAUUUGUCCAGUGUGCUGUGUGUGUGUGUGUGUGUGUGUGUGUGGCUGCAGAAAUGUCUGCGCUGCUCCUCUUGUGUGUGUGGAUGCUCUCCCUGGGCCGUGAUGUUGUCGCACAGGACAGAACGUAUCUGAUCACAUCUCCUCGGCUGGUGCGGCUGGAUGCAGUGGAGACGGUGGUAGUGCAGGUGUUUGACGAGCAGGACGCCACCGUGCAGCUGCACCUGAAGAAGUCCCUGGCCGCAGGGGACACUCAGUAUGCCACGGAGACCGUCCAGCUCAACGCAGAGAACAGCUACCAAGCGGCCGCCAACAUGCGGAUCGUCUCCAAGGACUUCCCGUCUGAUGUCACCCAUGUGUACCUCCACGCUGUGGGCAGCGGCAUUAACCAGCACGAGAGAAUUCCCGUCUCCCGUGACAACGGACUCCUCUUCAUCCAGACUGACAAGCCUCUAUACACACCUGAGCAGUCGGUGAAAGUGAGGGUCUUCUCCCUGAGUGAAGAGCUGAAACCAGCCAGGAGAAAAGUCACUCUCACAUUUCGGGACCCUGAUGCCGUGAAAGUGGACAUUGUGGACCUGGAGGAUGUUAGUGGGAUCAUAUCGAUGCUGCACCCUUUUAAAAUACCCCUCAAGCCAAAGUUCGGGGUGUGGAAGAUCGAGGCAUCCUACACAGAUGACUUCAGCACAACUGCCUAUGCUCAGUUUGAAGUCAAGGAGUAUGUUUUACCCAGCAUCAUAGUGACUAUACAACCAGAGCAGCGCUACAUCAGCCAAGCCAACAUGGACUCCUUCAAGCUGAGCGUCACAGCCAGGUAUGCUCAUGGAGCCCCUGUGCAGCAAGCCUAUGUGAUGAGCAGGUUUGGCUACAUCUCAGGAGAGAGCACAGUCAUCCUACCCAGGACCAGCAGGACUGUGGAGCUGACUGAUGGCCAGACGGAGCUCAACCUGAACAUCACACAGGCCCUCGCUGACGCCAAGGAUGGACCCAAAGACCUACGGCAGCUUGAGGGCACACACCUGUAUGUGAUGAUCACAGUGGAGGAGACUACAGGUGGCGUCAGACAGCAGGCUGAGUUGGCCACUGUCAAGUUUGUAGCGUCUCCCUUCAGUUUGAGCUUGAUUGCAACUCCUCUCUUCAUCAAACCAGCGCUCCCAUAUACUGUCAGGGCAGUGGUGAGGGGCCCAAUGGGGGAUCCGGUGAGUGGUGUGCCUGUCAAGAUCCAGGCGUCGGUCACCAACGGCAACGGGCAGCAGGAUGUGCUGUUGUACUCCAACACGGAGCGGGAUGCCACCCAGGUGUCCGACAGUGAUGGGGUGGCCCGCUUCACCUACAACAUCCCCAGCACCUCCGUCAGGGCCCAGUUUGUAAUGGAGACGGUUGAUAAGAAGCUGCCCUCCGAGAGUCAGGCUGCAUUCAAGUUCAAGGCUGACACGUAUGUGUCCACAAGAGGGCGCUAUCUCUACAUCGACCUCCCUGGCUCCCUGUCCACUGUGCAGGUCAACCACUACGUGGGCAUAGACGUCUACUUCCAAUACCGCGAGUACCUCACCCUCAAGUCUUUCAGCUACCAGGUGCUGUCCAAGGGCAGAGUGGUGAAGCAGGCCACUCAGCCACGCCGGGGCACCUCCACGGAGUUCAUCAACCUGAAGGUGACGCCGGACAUGGUGCCGUCCGCCCGGCUCAUCGUCUACUACGUCCAGUCAGGAGAGGGCGCCGCAGAGCUGGUGGCCGACUCCGUGUGGUUCGACGUCCAGGACAAGUGCAUGAAUGGACUCAAGGUGGCGCUAAGUGUCCCCAGCCCUCAGUAUGAGCCCAAAGAGGAGCUGGCCCUGCAGCUGAAGAGCAGCCAAAGCUCUGUGGUGGCCCUGGCAUCCGUGGACACAGCACUCCACUCCCUCAGGCUCAAGCACACAGACCCACUCAGCACUGUGUUGCGGCAUGUGGAGAGGAAGGACAUGGGUUGUGGUGGAGGAGGAGGGAGGGACGCAGCUGAUGUGUUCCGCAGAGCCGGCCUCAUCUUCAUGACCAACGCUAACGCCAAGACAGUCAUCGAAGGUGACACAUGCUCUGACGUUGUAAGGCCUAAGAGGGAAUUGAAAAAGGAGCACUGUGACCAAAUGAUCCAAAGGUUUCCUGCUCUGAAGCGCUACUGUGUGGAGGGCAGUAAGCAGUUACCUACUUUAGAGUCCUGUGAAGCCAGAGUCAGUCGGUUGGGAUUUGCACACCGUCAAUUGGCGAGGGAAGCCUUUCUGUGCUGCUGCAAAGUGGCCCUUCAGCUAAUGAACAGACCUGGGGUGGUCACUCUUGCUCGCUCAGAGAUGGAAGCCCUGUUUGAAGAUAGCCUCCCCAUGCAGAUCCGGAGCUAUUUCCCUGAGAGUUGGCUUUGGGAGGAGCACCAAGUCCCAGAGGGUACUACAGUCCUCAGACGGAUGCUCCCAGAUUCUCUGACCACCUGGGAGAUGAGAGCAAUUGGUCUGUCUAACGAUGGCGUGUGUGUGUCGGAGCCGCUGCGGGUGUCGGUGAGCCAGGCGGUGAGUGUGGACGUGCCUCUGCCCUACACUAUGGUGCGCGGAGAGCAGAUCGAGCUGAAGGGCUCCAUCUACAACCAGCACGACCAGGAAUCAUGGUUCUCCCUGACUCUGGACGCCUCCGGGGGGAUCUGUGUGUUCCGUGGACAGAACUCUGAGGAGAAGAAUAAGGGCGUUCUGGACAAACAUUCCGUCCACUUCGUCCACUUCUACAUCAUGGCCCUGGAGGCCGGCACACACACCCUCAACUUCACGCUCGGCACCCGGUGGGGCCGAGAGAGACUGGUCAAGAUUCUGCGAGUGACCCCUGAAGGGAUCCUGACUGAGGACAACACUGGGGCCACCAUCGACCCCCAGGGCAUCUACGGAAGUGCCAAGAGAAAAGUGGAGCUGAGGAACUCUUUUCCUCCAAAGGUGGUGCCAAACUCACCAGUGGAGCGGCGCCUCACUCUUACCGGUGAAUUGCUGGGAGAGGUACUGGCCAUCAUGAACGACCCCAAGGGGCUUCAGCAGCUGGUGAACCUGCCACGGGGCUCUGCUGAGAAGGAGCUGAUGGGUCUCCUGCCCCUCUACUACGUGUACCACUACAUGGAGAUGGGCAGCCACUGGGCCAGCCUUGGGCCCCAGGCCGCCGACAUCAAGGCCGACCUCAAAAACAAGAUGAAGGAGGGCCUCAUCAGCAUCAUGUCCUUUAAGACAAGAGUCAACGACGCCUUCAGCAUGUGGAAGGACAGAGAAGCAAGCACAUGGCUGACUGCUCUCAUGGUGAAGACUCUGGCAGAAGUGAACAAGUACACUGCUGUGGAUGGCAAUGAUGUCUCCAAGUGCAUCUAUUGGCUGGUCAACAGCUGUCAGAAAGCAGAUGGGUCUUUCCUGGAAACAUCCAACUACAAGCCUAUAAAACUCAUGGGCGCUGGAGCCGACACCACAGAACAGGCCGCUUACCUCACGUCCUUCGUCAUCAUCGGAAUCAAGAACGCCAUGGCGGAGGUUCCAGAAUGUAAUCUCCAGCUGUAUUCGGAGUCCCUGAAGAAGGCAGAGAGCUUCCUGUUCGACAGUGUCCAGUCGGGGAAGCUGAAGAGCCUGUACGUGCGAGCGGUGACGGCCUACGCUCUCAGCCUCCUCGACAGCAGCAGCAUUCCGUCCGUAACGCUCUACGAGGGACUGCAGGCGGCCGCCAGUGUCAAAGGUAACCCACCUGUGGUGCGCUUCUGGCAGGAAGACUCGUCGGCUGCGAACCCCCUGAAGCCACAUAAGGCGUCGGCCCAGACAGCGGAGACAACCGUCUACGUGCUGCUGACCGCCCUGCUGAGAGGCCACGCCUCCCACGUCAAACCCAUCCUCACCUGGCUCACGCAGGACCAGCGCUACGGCGGAGGAUUCUACUCUACGCAGGACACUAUACUCACCUUGGAGGCCUUGGCCAAGUAUAGCAUCAUGACCAAGGAUGCCAUCCUGAACAUGGGCAUCAAGGCGGCAUACAGGACCAAAGGAGACCUGGAUUUCAUCACCCUCACGGACAGCAGACCUGUUGGCAAGCCCAUAACAGUGACGAAAAAUGAUGACAUCAUCCUCUCCACAGGGCUCAGCACUGGAGUAUCUGUGGCUAAUCUGAAAACAGUCUAUUACAAAAUGGUAGAUGACAGUGAUGCUUGCCACUUUGACAUUUCCAUUGAUAUGAAACCACGCAACCCACGCUCCAAUAACUACAUGGAGUUGUUACCACGCAUCAUCGCCUGUGCGAGGUAUAAACCAUCGGAGAAUGAGGUGUACACAGAGGCCAGUCACACUGUCAUGGAGAUUCAACUGCCAACGGGAGUAAACCCACUACAAGAGGACCUGGACACGAUGCAGAAUGGCCUCGAGACUCUCAUCUCUGAUUACGAAGUUGACGGGGACAAAGUCAUCAUCCAACUGGACUCGGUGCCCUCGGCCGCACCAUACUGCGUGGGAUUCCGCGUUCAGGAGCUUUUCAACACGGGCAUGACCAGCGGCUCCCUGUUCAGAGUGUACGAGUACCACGACCCAGAGAGCUCGUGCUCUAAGGUCUACCACCCACAGGAGCGCAAACUACUGAGGCUGUGUGAAAAGGAACAGUGCCACUGCAUGGCAGCGGAAUGCUGCACCUUCAGAUCCACUCUGGACACUGAUCAGAUCAACGCUGACUCCCUGCAGAAGGACAUGUGCAAGGACAGGGUCAAAUAUGCGUUUAAGGUCAUUGUUGAGUCGAAUGAAGCCGAGGGAGAUUUUGUGACAUACAAAGCGAAAGUACAGGAUGUCUUCAAAAAAGGGGCAGAGGACGUAAAGAUCAGCUCAGAGGUGGAGUUUGUGAAGAAGGCCACGUGCAGCUCCACACGGGUGGAGGCAGGACAGCAGUACCUGGUGAUGGGGGCGGAGAUCAUGCAGAUACGGCAGCACCGCUCCUACAGAUAUAAGUUCCCACUGGACUCCCAGGCACAGGUGGACAUAUGGCCGGACAGAGCGACCUGCAAGGAGAGGGCCUGCACAAACUACCUCAGAGAGCUUGACAACUUCACAGAUAACAUUCUCAUCGAUGGUUGCUGAGGGAACCAAAGUCACCUGACCACCACAGAGCCAAUGAGAGGACAGGGAGCCUGCAAAGCACCUGAAGAAUGUAGAUAUACCCACUGUACUCACAAGUGUUUGGAAAUGUACCUAUGAUACGCAGUGGAAUGCAGUGAUUGUUAACCUGUAAAAACAAAUAAAUACAUUUACAGACAAAAUA